UUUGAUUCGGAUGCGUACGACUCUGACCGGUUAGAAAAGCUCUUAUCCAAUGCCGACAAUGAGAACGAGAACAGUUAUCACUGGAAUGGCCCCGCGGAAGACAUGAUCCCCAAACUCCAUCGGCACCAUACUAGAACUAAGACCCCGUUUCACUCGAAAGACCAGUUUCUCAAGGUCCCCAAUUGUGGCUAAUAUGUGUACUUAUAUUAUUGUCUUAAAUGUAAUGUGAAAGAAACCCUCACCUGCGCGCAGCACCCCACAAAAUAUAAUCUCCACCAUAAGCGUACAUCUUCACAACUCCAUAAAAAUGUGUAUUUUGUUGGCAAGCACCGAAAGCCCCGACUACCCGUUCAUUCUAUUGUCUAACAGAGACGAGUAUUUCCGCCGGCCCACCGAAAAUGCCCGGUUCCGGCCCCUCAGUAACAGACACAUAUUAUCACCUGCUGACUUGGGACGAGCAGAGCAUGGAACCUGGAUAGGAGUCGAUACCACCGGUAAACUCGCAGUUCUUGUCAAUUACCGGGAAAGUGAUGAUCUCAACGUCAUCAGUGAAGUGUCUCGAGGAAUUAUUCCGGUUGACUAUCUUUCCAGUGACUUGUCCGAUGAGGAGUGGUAUGAUAACCUCGAGAAAUCUUUGGCUUUACGAAUCGUGGGGAAAAAAGUGGAUUCCAUUCCGCUCAGAAGAGUAGGCGGAUUCUCGCUUCUCUACGGUCAACUCAAGUUGAAUGACCUGGGGAAGAUCAACAAAUUAAACAUCAUCAGCAAUAGAGGUGAUAAGGGAACCGUCUUUGAUUUUGAUUCACCUCCAGACCAUUUCCACUCUAAUGACACGACCAUUGGACUCUCCAACUCUCUCUUCUACGAGCCGUGGAACAAGGUCCAUUUGGGCCGCCGGGCAUUACAUGAAGUUAUAAAUAAGUCAACAGAACAACACUACACCCAACAACAGCUCGUGGAAGAGCUCUUCAAAGUGCUUUCAACAAACUCCUACGACCAGUCGUUUGCAAACAAGUCCAUGAAAGACAAGCUUCUCGGAUUAAGAGAUACAAUCUGUGUACCUCCGUUAGAAACUCAGUUUACUGACAAAGAGUUGAACGACACCAUUGGUAAAUACUAUGGGACCCGGACCCAAACAAUCAUUUUGUUGGAUAAGCAUGGGGUGUUGCACUAUUAUGAAAAAGUUCUUUACUCCAGUGACGAUUUGGCUGCACCAGGCCUGGGGUACCAACACUUCACGGUGAACGUCGCAAAGCAAUAACAAUUAGCUUCAAGGCUUUGAGCGCGAAGUCUUGAAGGAAAAUAGAGUAUAGAAGAUAUAUCAAAUUAAUACAAGAUGAGCCUUGAAACUUUAGAGGAGUAUCCAUUGACCAGUGUGUACCGCAAGCCUGCGCUCAAGCCACUGGCUGUACCUGAAUUGUUGAUUUUCAUUCCUGGGAAUCCCGGGUUGGUCGAGUACUACAUCACCUACUUAGAGUUGAUCCAGCAGGCGCAUCCUACGUUUGAAAUAUACUGUAUUUCCCAUGCGGGCUACCAAACUACAGGCGACUACGUGAAGGAAGGAUCCAAGAAGUAUCCGGUUUACUCGUUGGAUUUCCAAGUCAAGCACAAGUGCAAAAUAAUUAAUGACAUUCUUCAUCAAAAGGGAGGUAAGGCCAAUUUGUAUAUAAUGGCCCAUUCGGUGGGGGCAUUCAUUGUACAAAGGGUGUUGAAGAUAUUGGAGGCAAACAGGGAUGUCCUCGUCAAGUUUGUGGGUUUGAUAUGUCCUACGGUGAUAAACAUAAAAGAGUCGACUUCGGGUCAAGUAUUGCUGAAGCUACUGACGUACUUACCAUUGGUUCAAUUGGGGUUGGUUUUCAGUUACGUCCUCGGUUUUUUGUUCAGCAACAAUGCUAUCAAGUGGAUGUUUCGGAAUUUUGUGUUUUCAAGUCCUAAAAGUGCUACUCGGAAUGCUGCAGAGGCAUUGGAAAACUCAGUAUCUGCGUCCGUGAAGUUGGUUACCUCGGGUCGAAUUGUCAAACAAACGUUGACAAUGGCAAUUGAAGAAAUGGAAAUGAUUUUGGAAGAUGAUGAGCUCAAUGACUGGUUUUUUCAGGAGUUAUCGGCUCAAGGGACCAAGAUAUGGACAUAUUUUGCAUUCACUGAUCAUUGGGUGCAUGAUAACACUAGAAAUUACAUCUUGUCAAAGUACCACGACGAGUCAAAUCCCAACCUUUCGUUUGAAUUGGGAGAUGUAGACGAUGGGAUUACACACAGUUUCUGUGUAGACCAGAGUGAAGAGUUCGCAGAAAUCACUUUGAAGAUGAUGAACCAGUUUUUGUAGGGUAUUUAUAGAAUGUUGUUGAACAGAGAUGCGUUGCUGUUAUCUAAACCUAGUUGCGAUUUAGAUACUUUCUUGCAGCCAAGCGAUGCGAUGGACCAAAAACAAUUU